CCUCAACCAGUAAUUCCUAAAUACGGUCAAAAAAUGCACAUCAGAAGAAAAUCGGCCACGAAUCAAACAUGGGAUAAUGUUUUUCACUUCCAGCGCGGGGAUUGUUUUGAGGGACGAAGCAAGAUCAACGAGAAAACUGAUAGAAUCAACAAGACAAGCAAACCACAUGCAGUGACCAAUUGCAAAGAGGACGUGUGGAAAAGGAUCCGAAAGUCCGUCUCGAAGGUAUUUUGCAAGAAUUGUAAGACAGAUGGAAAAACUGCCCCUUACACGAGUUUGCCUCGCUUGGACUGUCUGUCUCUAAGCGAGAAUGAAUUGAAAAAGGGUCAAAGGAAACUUCGGUUCUGUUUAAAACGAACAAAACAAGAGGAGCACGUUUUCGAUUACGAACGAUGCGAAGAGAGUGACGAAGAAGAUUGUGAUUCGAUUGCAGUGCCAAGAAGAGAGAGCUGGGAGAAAAGAAGAAUGGGAAUUUGUAAAGAGAUUGAGCGCAACACUGCUGUUGCGUUUAGAUCUAGAAGUACCUCUCUCUUAGAACUGAGGAAAACUUUAGUAGUUAAUAACAGGUUCAAAGAGAUGGGGCUCUGACAUAGACAAGAAGUCUUGCUGAUUUUCACAGACUAGAUCAUGUAUAUGUUAUUGUAAAGUAUCUCGAAGCGAUUUGAAUAAGUCAGUUCACAAAUCACAUGUGCGAAGGGUUGACUGACAGAGAGUAUGAUAAAUUAUGACAUUAUUUAUCCCAUGUAUACUAAGUUAAAGGUAAAAAUAUUCACGUUAUUAAGAUAUUUACUGAAUAGAUGUACAUGUUGAUCGUUCAUUAAUAUGUUGUGUAAAUUUUUUUGAGUUAUUUUGGUGGAUGAUCGUAAGAAUGCAGAGCACACGGUCUUUGACCUGCCGGUAAGAAGUGUAAAAGAAAUCUUAGCACGUUAUUUAGGUUCAGGGAAUCAUAUGAUCCUAAACGAAAUUAAUUGUGUAUCAGUUAGCAUUUGCCGGAG